AUGGUGACCACUUUGGCGAGACUCCUGCUCGCGGUGACCAUGGUUUUUCUCCUCGCCGCGCCCACGGCAAGUGGUGGCACCAUCACCAUGUCGUUCGCCUCUGAGGAGGUCACGUCGGAGGAGGCCCUCCUCUCUCUGUACGAGCGGUGGGCGCAGCACUUCGGGAAGGCUCUCCCAAGCGGAGGAGCACUUGGCAGCACCCGCUUCACCGUCUUCGCGCAGAGUGUCCGGCUCGCGCACCAGCGCGGCCCGGGCAAACUCAAGCUCAACGAGUUCGCUGACACCGCCCUCAAUAACGACCACAGUAUCAGCUGCUACAUUCCGAUGGCGCAACCCAUCCACCGGCGGACGCACUGUGGAAGCUGCUGGGCUUUUGCAACCGCAUCGGCCAUCGAGGGCCUUUACAAGAUCGAGCACGGGAACCUGAUCCCGCUAUCGCCCCAGCAGCUCGUAGACUGCGACGGCAGCAACAGGCAUUGUGGAGGUGGCACCCCGGCCAAGGCAUUCCAAACCAUUCAGCUUGGUGAUGGCAUCUCACGAUUGGCGGACUAUCCGUACAAAGGUGUUAAGGGCUGGUGCUACCCGGCCCGCAAAGGCGUGGGCAUCAGGGGCUGGGAGCGUGUGGAGCCGCGGGACGAGAUGGCGCUCAUGUGGGCGGUGUUCAAGCGCCCCGUCACGGUAGGGGUCGACGCCAACAGCACGGCCUUUAUACAAUACCGCGGUGGCCUCUUCGACGGGCCUUGCAAUACCACUCUCGGUCACGCCAUGACCCUGGUUGGGUAUGGAACUACCGGACAUAGCGACCCUUACGGCGAGCCGGAGGGAGUCGACUUUUGGCUCCUCAAAAAUACGUGGUCCACAGCGUGGGGAGAAGCUGGCUAUAUGCGGCUCCGGCGCGGUGCCGAGGCCAAAGGUGGGGUCUGCGGGGUAAUACUCGAGGCCACCUAUCCGAUCCAUUCCUAUGCGCUAUUUUAAUUAUAGAGGAAACAAUGUGCCUAUAUACGAGCUUAAAUAACUACUCCCGCAGUCCCAUAAUAUAAGAGCGUUUUAAACAUUAGUGUAGUGACAAAAACGCUUUUAUAUUAUGGGACGAAGAGAGUAGUAUAGUUAGUGAU